GCGGGCUAGGCCCGGAUCACGUGACGCGCUCCAACUCUGGGCGGAAGCGCGCGUGGGACCGCGGAAAGAUGGCUGCUGCAGCGGGGUGGACGGCGCCCGGGAGCGGACUCUAGGGUUCGCGCCACCCCGUCCCCACCGCACCCUUACCAUGAGGCCAGUGAGUCGCCGCACCCUGGACUGGAUUUACUCCGUGUUGCUACUCGUGAUCGUCUUGCUUUCCUGGGGAUUCGUCAUCUAUGCAUCAACUGUAGCUGCACGUCGGCAGCUGCACAAGGAGUUUCCAGAUAAAUUCUUUGAAAUGAAUGAACCGUGGUAAUUCUUAGCAAACACAGUUCUUUUCCCCAAAUGGCAUCUAUGUAGACUUAAAAGUAAAAUUCACAAUACAAAUUGUGUAUUGUCUUUUGUGAUAAGCGUUAACAUGCUAAUUUUUGAAAUAAAUGGAACAGCCGUUUUUUUUUGUA